GUCAGUCUACAAUAUUUUUUUUAUUCCCAAGCCUUAAUUAUUUAAUCACCCAAAACACGAAUAUAAAUAUAAAGAUCUUGAUAAAAAUACCUAUAACAUCAUUAUGACUGUUAAGUCAAAUUAGACUAAUUAGUACUUGAGAACAGAGGAAUGAGAUGUUUUCCGAUUGCCGACUCAAUUUAGACCGGAUACGGGGAACAUUUAUUCUCAGGUCGCAAGUGGCAGCUAGUACCUGUUUCGGCCAAAUAAACAAAAGUACACACUCACUUCCCUGUCAAAUUAUUCCCAUCUGAAUUAAGGCGAAAACAAAGAUUGAUGGACAUAAGAACAGAGAGAGGUAUAAAGACGGGAAAGUGGCAGAUAGAUCGAAAAUCACCAAGCUGGCUGUUUUACUCGGAAACUCCAAUGACGAAAAGGUCGAACAAAUAAUACAUCCACGUUGGUGGAGCGGCGGAGUGUCGGGGGCUGUUGCGCAGUUCUUUACAACACCUUUCGACCUGAUCGAGUCGCGAAUGGUGAUUAUCAAGAAGGACAGGGGUAUGGCUUCCAGUCUACAACAUGCUCUCCGGACGGAUGGUUUCCUUUCCCUUUACGACGGCCUGAGUGCCCAGUUGUUGAGACAGCUGACGUACACCUCGCUUCGGUUUCACCUGUACGAAAAAGGCAAGUUGCAGAUGGACGAACCUUGCGACUUGUUGGAUAAGGUUUUCGUGGCCGGCUUGGCGGGAUGUGUAGCGGGUGUGGUGGGCAUACCCAUGGAGUUGGUAAACACCCGGAUGCAAGUAAACCGUGCCCUGCCUCCGGAUAAGCGGUGGAACUACCGCAAUCUCUUCGACGGCCUGUACCGCGUGACCAGGGAAGAGGGCUGGACGAGGCUCUACAGCGGCGGUCUUCUCUCGUUCAUUCGGUCCAGCUUCAUCACCAUCGGCCAAAAUGCGGCAUACGAUCAGUCCAAGGAGAUCUACAUGGCAUGGUUCAAACUGAAGCACGAUAGCACAUUUGUCCACCUGAUAAGUUCCAUUACGGCUGCUUGCAUCUGUGCUCCGAUCAUUAAGCCCGUAGAAAACUUAAGAGCUCUCAAGAUGGUGAACCCCAGCGGAAUGAUCGGUACCAUAGCGUAUAUGAUGCGCUUUGGACCGCGGGGACCCUUUCGGGGGAUAGUGCCAUGCGUUUUGCGAAUGGUUCCCAAUACGGUUAUUACGUUUCUGAGUUUCGAGCAGCUCCGCGUUCAUUUCGGGUACUAUGAAAUUAAUGAUGAUAAGAGUUAACACAAGGGGUAAACAAAUCAAAGAGUUGUUAAAUUUUAUAUG